AUGCUCGCACGUUUGUGUGUCUAUGAACAUUUCGUUGCCACCAUGGUGCGCAUGUCCGUUUUAGCCGACUGCCUCAAGACGAUCGUCAACGCAGAGAAGCGGGGACGCCGUCAGGUGCUUAUUCGGCCCUCGAGCAAGGUGGUGGUCAAGUUUCUGCAGUGCAUGCAGAGACGUGGCUACAUCGGCGAAUUCGAGAUUGUUGAUGACCAUCGCUCUAAGAAGAUUGUGGUGGACUUGCUGGGCCGCAUCAACAAGUGCGGCGUGAUCAGCCCGAGGUACGAUGUGACAGUAGCGAACAUUGAGAAAUACUGCUCCAAUUUGCUGCCUUCUCGCCAGUUCGGGCACUUGGUGCUGACGACGGCGUACGGCAUCAUGGACCAUGAGGAAGCCCGCAGAAAGCAUACCGGAGGGAAGAUCCUGGGGUUCUUCUUCUGA